AUGACCGCCCUUGUAAACGAGUAUUUAAUACUUAAUAGAAGUUCCGUAUUUUUCGUAAAUACUUUUAAAAUGAGAUUGUUGUCUACAAAAAAUAUAAUAAAAAUCAAAUCAAAAGAAGAUAUACCUAUUGUAAAGGGUUUACCUAUAGUUGGAACGAUAUUUUCAAUUUUGUCUGCUGGUGGUGGUCGUAAGUUACAUGAAUAUAUUGAUAUGCGUCAUCAACAAUAUGGUUCAGUGUUUAGAGAAAAAAUUGGUCCUGUUGAUGCUGUAUGGAUUAGUAAUCCUUUGGACAUGAAAUUAUUAUUUGCACAAGAAGGAAAAUUUCCCAAACAUAUUUUACCAGAAGCUUGGUUACUUUAUAACGAUACAUAUGGCCAAAAACGUGGACUCUAUUUCAUGUAAAUUAUUAUAAUUUUAAUUAACUGUAUUAUAAGUUUGUAUUUGAAGGAAAAUUCAUUUUUAUUUUUUAUUUUUUUUUUUUGAAUACCUAAUGAUAAAAAAUAUGAAGACUAAAUAAAAUAAUGUAUAUAUUUUUUUAUUUUAUUUUAUACUAGGUAUUCUAAAUUCUUAUUUAUGUUAUUAAUUCACCUAUAUUUUUAACAUAAAAUAUAAUCUGGACAUUUCUAUGAGCAUUUUGCAUUCUAAAUUUUUUUAUUUAGAUUUUGUAAAACAUUUAAGGGUAUAAUAAUCAAUUAGAUAAGAAAGCAUGAAUGGUUGAAAAAAGACAAGAUUGGUAAACUUAAAUUUUGAUUUUGCGCGGAGAGAAUGUGUUGAAUAUUAAAAGGAAUGUUAGACUAGUCAAAAAGACAAAUUAAAUUGGUUAGUUUAGGAGAAAAUUUCCAGCAAUCAAAUAGAAUGUCGCAAAUUAAAGGGUCAGUAGGAAGUAUACAGAGUAGAUAAUUAUUUAAUGAUAGUUUACAAAAUUGGGAAGAAAUAAGACCACACCUUAGUGUGGCCAAAUCUGAGUAGAGAAAAGAAUUGGGUGGGAUACUCUGAGAAAUAGAUUUGUACCGAGUGGUAAAAUUAGGAGGAAGUGAAUCCCAGUGGCUUUGCCAUAACUUAUUAAUGCAGGAUCUAAGAAUAAGGCUAAAAAAUCAGACCAUGGAAUUUUACUGCUGAGAGGAACCCUUAGAGAAGCCGUGAAUUUAGCUAGCUUGUCGGCAAGACAUUAAAAUAUUUGUAGUUUGAACAAAAACUAUUUUUAAGUAAUUACAAAGAAAAUAAAUCUGAGAUAUUUUACUUUUUAAAAUUAUUUGUAACAUUCUCCUAACAAUUUCAAAAAUAAAAAAAUCAUGUUUACUAUUAGGUACCUACCUAAUUAAAAUAUUUUUAUUAUAUUUAUAGGGAUGGAAAAGAAUGGCAUAUGUAUAGACAAAUAUUGAAUAGAAUUAUGUUCAAAGAUUUGAAUGCAAACGUUAUCAAAUCAUACAAUAUUGUAAUUGAUGAUUUAUUAACUGAAUGGAAUAGUUACACAGGACAAGUGGUUCCAAAUCUCAUAGCAGAUUUAUACAAGGUAUCAAUUUCAUGUAAGUUUUUAGUAUUAGAAUUUUAUUUAAUUAUGUAUAUACCCCCUAGGAUGAAUCGAUUUUAUAGUGAAAUAAUUUUUUUUUUUCAAAUUCUAAUGGUGAUAAAAAAUUAUGAUUCAUAUUCAAAUAAAGUGUAAAAAAAAUGGAUAUGGUAUUAACAAUUUUAAAGGUUUUGCAAUUUAUUUAUAUUUAAUUUAAUUUAUAUAAUAUUAUAAAUUAUUAUUAUAUUUGUGUCAAACAAUCACAUAUAAAUAUAAACAUAAACAUAAACAUGAGUAAAAUUAAAUAAACAUAAAAAAAAAAAACAGAAUAAAAUCAAAUAAUGAAAAUAAAAAUAUAUAAAUCACAGAUGAACUAGUUAUUCUUACUAGGUAUAUAAAUAAGGUUGUUUAUUAAAUUAUUAAAUUUCCCCUUCCCAAUGUUUCACCACUUUAAUUGCAUUUUUUGUCACUGUUAUGAGAUCUGAAGUAGUGCAUGUGUUGUUGGGCAGUUUGGACAGAUCAAUAGGUAACUCAUGGUAAGUUCAUCUCCGCAGUCACAUUUUGUGUCUCUUUGUAUUACACCCCACUUCUUCAGAUUGUCUUUUGAUUUUCCUACUCCCAUUCUUAGUCUAUUGAGUGUUCUCCAAGCGGGCCAAUCAAGGUUAUAUCCUGCAGGAAGGUGUUCUGCUGGUGAAAUCUGAUCAUCUUCAAUAUGGCCUACUGUUAAAUUCCAGUUAUCCAUUUGGGCUUGCUCGGGGGGUUUCGUUAAGAUAUUCGUGCAUUUUAUAAAGCUCUUUCUUGAUUUUAAUCUUGACUUGUGUAUAUCCUUGCCGUGUAGGAUAUGUCGACUGUCAGUUUCGAGUUUGGAUCUUUCUAAGUCUGCAUUAAUUGUACGUCGAAUGUUUAGAGGUGCGAUACCUGCGAUUGGGAAGACUUUGUGGAGAGGUGUGGUCUUUAGGCACCCCCUUAUCAAGCGACAGGAUUCAUUCAGUGCCUCACACAGGGCUUGCAUACUAUCCUACGGAGAAGCAUAGUGCUAACGCAGACACUCUGAGGGUAUGAGCAUUUGCUCCCCAGUUUGAUCCUAUAAGUUUUCUAAGUAAACUGCUCCUUGCACUAAUUUUUGAUUUUACAUUUUCACAGUGCUUUUUAUAUGUAAGGGAUCUGUCUAGGGUUACUCCUAGAUAUUUAGGAUAAGGUGUGUGUUCGAUUUCGACACCUUUCCAUGCUAUAUUCAAUUUUUUGUUGGCUAGCCUAUUGUGGAGAUGGAAAGCGCAGACUUGUGUCUUUGAGGGGUUUAGUCUUAAAUAAUUUGAGUCGUAGUAGUCACCUACUAGCUGUAAUGAGCUUUCCAGUGCUUUCUCAACCACUUCAACAUUUUCACCUUGGGCUGCCAUGGCUAUGUCAUCGGCAUAGAUAAAGUGUCUAAUGCCUAAAGAGGAUAGAACAGGCUGGUCGUUAGUAUAUAUAUUGAACAAGGUUGGAGAUAAGACACUGCCUUGGGGUAGGCCAUUUUUUUGACACCUCUACCUACUAUUUUUCCCCCUAAGUGUUACAAAAAAUCACCUGUUUCGAAGUAUCGUGUCUAUUAUCUUGACUAGUUUGUUAUCUGAGGUUAAUUUUUGUAGUUUUGAUAAUAGUAUAUUAUGAUUGAUUGUAUCGUAUGCCGCAGACAAGUCGAUAAAAGUAACACCAGUGAUCUUUUUUUCUUCAAACCCGUUUUAAAUGUGUUGUGUAAGGUCUAGAACUUGUCCAGUACAAGAUCUACCUGGUCUGAAUCCACCUUGGUCUCUAAUAAGCUUAUCAUCAAUAUAGACUUUCAGUUGAUUAAGUAUUAGUCUCUUAAAGAGUUUAUAUAGGUGACAGAGCAAGGAAAUUGGGCGGAAAUUUUUUGGAUCAUCUGGGAACUUUCCUGGUUUCAAUAGAGCGAUAAUUUUAGUUCUUUUCCAAAUUUUGGGUAUCAACUGUGUAAAUAGAAUACCAUUAUAUAGAUCUAGGAUCCAUUUUUUGGUUUGUGGUCCAGAGUUCUUAAUUUGUUCAGAAUAUAUGUGAUCCAGUCCUGCGGCUUUCCAGUUUUUAAGUUCGUCUAUGGCUUUUUGAAAUUCAGGUACUGAGAAAUUGUCUUUCAGUAUUCCCUGUUCUGAAUCAUUGCUUUAUUUUUUGUGAUUUUCCCAUUCAAGAGUAAUUAGUGUGCCAAUAAAUUUAAAAAAAUUACAUUGAACUAAAUUUGUUCAAUUUAAAGAAAUGGUAUUUAUGAGUUUUUAAGUAUUUUAUAAUUAAUUUUUAAGUUUAAUACAAUUGUAAAAACUUUAUUUGAAUUCUAAAACUAAGUCAAUCAAAAAUUUUUUUCUGAAUGAAAAUAAGGCAUAAUUUUACGACAUUCUAGUUUUUCCGCAUGCAAUUCCAGAUGCUUCUGUUAUAAGUUUCUGUUAUAAAAUCCUAAUAGCAGUUGUAAGGCACCUAGAGUGUGCUUGCUUAACUGGAUUUAUCCUGGAUAAGUUAAUGGUAUAAAUACCACUAGAAAUACUUGAGCACACUUCAUCCAAAUAUUUUUGAUCAUUGCUUAAAUCAAGUUUAUUUUUUAAAAUAGAUAAAUUUUAAAUACUUUUAAUUUGUACAAAUUUGUUAACUGGAAGUUUGUGAUAUAUUUCUAACUGUUUUUCUAGUGAACUAAAAAAUCCAAGGGGCCCAGAUGUUUUCCUAUCUAAAUGUUGAAAUAAAUAACUUAGUGGAAACUCAUUGGCAUAAGAGUUGAUAAAUAAACUACUGAAGUGGUUUUGAAAAAUGUUCUAAAUGGUAAAUCAUUCGUUUUCUAACCUAUAUUUACCACUGUACCACCACAGCCAACCAUAACAAUUUCUAAAGUAUUCACGUUAUUUCUUUACAAAAAAAUAACAAUAUUAUUUUUAUUUAUUACUCUUUUAUUACUAUGAACUGAAAUAAUAGCAACAUUGUGAAUUUAACCUACCCAAUUAACUAAACUAUUUGUAUACUGUUUAUGUACAAACUAUUUAUACGUUUUGAAUGUCUCACAGCGACUAUUAAUUUAAUAUUAGGUAUCUGAAAAUAUAUAUACAGUAUACAGGGACUUUAACACCCAUUUCCCCUACUCUUAUAAAGUUUAAAUAUACAAUUUUUUGAUCCACCCUAGUAUACACUACAGAAUACUAUAGGUAAAGAUAAUAAUAAUUUUAAAGAAAAAUAAAAUUGGGGCCAUUUAAAACUUUAUAUGUAUAUAAGUAUAAAUUAAAAGUAUUUUAAAAAUAUUUUAUCAUUUUGGUACCCCUAGAUAUAAUUGAAAACAUUAUCUUUUCAGUACUAUAAAUUAUUUUUAACAUUAUUAAAUGUAAUAAACAUAUUUAAGGUAGAUAGCUAUUAUUAAUUAAUAAGUAACUGAAUUAGUGUAUUGAACUAACAUACAAUUUCCAAAAACAUACUUUAUUACUAAUAGUUAUAGUGUUUCACAGAAUAUAAUUUUUGGUCAUCAAAAUUUAUUUUAAAAACAACUAAAUGAUUUAUUAGGAAAACUAUUUUUAAAAAUUAAAAUUAUUUAGACUCAUGGUUUACAGUUAUGGUAGCAAAUUUGGUUGGAAGUGUUUAUGAAAAAUGUAAACAUCAUGUGUCAGAAGAUGUUAACUGUUUAGCACAAAGUAUUCAAAAAGUCUUUCAAUGCACUGUAAAAUUUACAUUUAUCCCAGCUAAAACAGCUAAAUUAUUAAAACUAAAAAUUUGGAAUGAUUUUAUACAUGCUGUUGAAAAUUCUAUUGAAUAUGGUAAUUUGUUUAUAUUUAUAAUUAGGUAUUUAAAUAUAGAUAUUAUUAUAUAUUAUGUUACAAGUUAAUAAAACUUCAUAUCCUUAUUUUUAGAUUCUGAGCGGAGCAAAGAGUCUGGUUUUACAAAGAUAUUUAAUUUUUUUACCGAAGACUUACUCCAACUUUUACGUGUAGCAACUUUUCUGAAAAGAAAUUCUUAAAGAGGAAUCUUAAAAAUUUCAUUUUUUAAUUUCCUUAUCAAAUGCAGAAAACCUAAAAAAAAAAAAAAACCGGAAAAUGUACGAAAUAUAUUUGUAUAAUAUUAAGAAAUUUUUUUCUGUGGACAACUUUUCUAUCACCAAUUUUGCUCCGGAAAUUUUACUAGGGAGGUACUUGAAAGAGGUUAUUUUUCAAAUUUCUCAGGAGUUUUUCCAACAAAUGUGAAAAACCAGGAUAAAACAGGAAAAACGUAGGAAAACUGGAAAAAAUUGGUACAACAUUAAACAAAUAUUAUUAAAGAAAAUAUAAAGCCUUUUUAAUUAUUUUACUAUAAAAUGACAUAUGUUGUUGAAAAAGCUUCACUAUCAACUGAACUCUGCUCAGAAUCGUUUUUUUGUAAGCAAUGGUUUAUCGUUGCUUACAGGUGUACAUUAAAUUAUCUAUAACAGUGGCUACACCAGUCCUCAUUAUCCUAUAACAUCCUUUUUAAUAAUUAACCUAUUUUAUUUCUAGAUUUUUAAAAUAUAUUUAUUAUUACAAGGUAUUUUUUAUUAGAUAUAAUAGGUAUUAAUUUAUUGUACUCAAAUUAAUUUUUUUCAUAGCAAAUAAUUUGGUAUCAAAAUUAAUGAAAUACAAUAGUGAUGGCUUACUAAAUUCUAUAAAAAAUAUUCCUGAUAUUCAUAAUGAUAUGAUUAAGAAGCUUAUAAUUGACUUUAUAAUUGCAGCUGGUGAUACAGUAAGAUUAGAUACGUUUAUUAAAGAAUCCUAUUUAUAAAACUUAUUUUCUAAUAUUUAAAUUUAAUUUAUAUACUUUGUAGUCUGCUUAUUCGACUCAAUGGGCUCUCUACACUAUAGGGCUACACAAAAAUAUACAAAACAAUUUAAGAGAUGGCCUAUUGAAAACUGACUUUUUGGAAUGUGAUUUAUUAAUAAAUAUUUUGAAAGAAGUUCUAAGAAUGUACCCUUUAGCACCAUUCCUUACGAGAAUUACACCAAGUGAUAUUUAUUUAACAAACCACAUAGUACCUGCAAAUGUAUGCUACAUAUUAAAACAAACCUUGAAAUUAUGAAGUUUUUUAUUAGGUAUAUUAAUUAUAUUAUUUAUUACAGAGUCUAAUAGUAAUGUCAAUGUUCACAUGCAGUAGAAAUGAAAAAUAUUUUAUUAACCCAAAUGAAUUUAAUCCAUAUCGAUGGAAUCGUCUAAAAAAUAAUAAAUAUAAUAGUGUGAUUGAGCCGUUUGCAACUUUACCUUAUGGAUUUGGGGCAAGAUCAUGUAUUGGACAAAGAAUGGCACAUACUCAGAUGUGUAUAACAAUAGCCGAGGUAAUAUAAUAAUGAACAAAUAAUUUUUUUUGUCAAAUUUUCCCCAAAAUUAAAGAUUAUUCCAUUUGUAACUUGUUAAUUUUAUUUUUUCCGUUACUUUUGGACACUUAUCUCUAGAGUCUCCCUCUAGACUAAAUGAGCUCAAACUCAAAAAUCUGUUAUUUUCUAGACAGAUUAAAAUGAUAAAAGUUGGGUUGAUUUCAAUAUAAAUUACACCGUGUUGUAGGAGAAAGGUGUUUUUUUUUAGUUUUGAACAACUACAUAGACCCCAAAUGAAGCCAGGGGGUUGACAUUUUGUAUAUGCAUGGUGUUAGCAUUAAAAGUUGUGCCUUUUAAGAUUGACUAGGUGUAGAGAUUAUACAAAGUUUCUAAGAACAAUUUAUUUGAUGCUAAUUUCAUUUUUUUUUUUAUAAUUUGUUAAGUUUUUGCUUCGAGAUUGAAUAUAAGCAAUGUAAAAUGAGCAUCAAAUAAAUUGUUUAAGUUUUUUUUUAUACAUGAAUAUUAUUUAACAUAUUUAAAUAAUAUAUUUCUAUAUUUACACUAUAUUUCAUUUACCACGUCAGUAUUAAUAGGUAUUUAAAUAGGUACCUUUGCCUAGUGCUCAAAUUAAUAUUAGUUACCUUCUCUUAGGUAAAUGCAAAUUCAGAAUAAACAUUUAUUUGUAUUUUUUAUAAAUCGUAUUUUAAAUUUUUCUAUUAUAAUAAUUUAACAUAUUUUUAUCAUUACAGUGUAUUAAACGAUAUGAAAUAGAAACAAUGAAUCCAGUUAAAAUAGCAUUAGAUUUAAUUACAGUUCCAGAUAAUUCUGUGAAUUUAAAAAUACAUAAAGUUUGA